AUGGAUUUAAGUGUGGAGGAAAAACUUAGAAUUGUUAGCAGUUUCUUGCUUGAUAGCCCUCCUGGCGAAGUCAGUGAAGUCUAUAGUGGCAAGUUUUGGUUCUGCGUUCUCAUACCCGAUGUUAGCGUCUUAUUGAAUAAUAAUUCGGUUUUUCAGGAAGGACUCCUGGACGCGUUACGACAAUACAAUAUUGAACAAUAUGUAACAGUAAUUCUUCCAGAACAAGAAUCUAAGGUCAUAUUAUCGAAAUAUGGACAGCUCGAAAACGAUCGGUUCUUCGACCCAAAAUCACAUAAAACAUUUAAAGUUGAUCAUAUGAGUCAAGAUGUAAUCGAGGUCGAACCUGAACCUCAAACCCCUGACGAAACAACAGAACCAUUAAGAUCUGCAGUUGAAACAGCAAUUUCAGAAUAUGUAGCAGAUCAUUAUCCUAAGGGCGCCUCAGCCACUUACUCUACAGGAGAAACAAUAACCAUUGCAAUCGUGGAUGAUAAAUUCAACCCAAAGAACCUCUGGAAUGGUAGAUGGCGGUCGACUUGGGUCAUCUCACCUGAAUCCGGUGAAAUAAAAGGAUCGAUCAAAAUCAAUGUCCACUAUUACGAAGAUGGAAACGUACAGUUGAAUUCUACAAAGGAUAUUGAAAUAACCUCUUCACCAGUGAAUUCAGAAGACCUUGCCGCGUCAGCUGCCGCUUAUUCUAAAUCAAUUUGCAAGGCUGAAAACGAAUUUCAAAAUGCAUUGAAUGAAUCUUAUGUUGAAUUAUCAGAAAACACAUUUAAGGGAUUGAGACGUGCUCUUCCAUUAACGCGUCAUAAGAUCGAUUGGGACAAGAUCUCCAAUUACAAGAUUGGCCAGGAGCUUGCGAACAAAUCUUAA